AUGACGAACCCAUAUGAAGCGGACCCAAAAGAAAUCCCUGCAACCGACCUGUACGCAGACGUGCCCUUUAUGCAUGUCAACUCCCAGACUACAGACUCCUUGAAAUACUGGGCCUCAGUUCUUAGCCUCUGCACUAGAUACAACCGAAUUUACCCUGCUGACGACGGUGGUCGCGAUGUUUUUGCUCUUGGCAGCGUGAUUGUGACGUCUAGUCAUCUCCAUGCACGCGAGGGCGCUCAAUAUACCGAGAUUGACUUCUCAUACGCCGAUGCAAAUGAGGUUCGGGCAAUUGCUCUGGCAAAGACCGUUCUAAAGGAUGUCAAAGUUCCAGAAAUAUACUUUGCUGGCAAGGUACUUACUCUUGCUAUCCGUUAUCGGCCUCAACGACUCACAUCUCCUCAGGUCAUUGGUAGCCAAGUGCUCGUCCAAGAAAGGCUUCCAGGUGUUGGAUUGUCUGUCGCAUGGCCGUAUCUCCCCAGUGACCAGAAGAGGUCCUACAAAGAACAGGCCAGGAAGAUACUCCAGCAGCUUCACAGUAUCAAGCCCACAGCGAAGCUUCAAGCUCGCUCUUACGUGGUGCCAGACCCCAACAUACUCAGUAACGGUCGUAUCCACCUGUUAGAAGGGGACAUCCUCUUUUCGGGCGACAAUCGUGAUUUGGACAUGAGCUUCACGCAUAACGAUUUUACUGUGUCUAACUGUAUUGUUGACAAUGGCAAAAUCUCGGGGCUUAUUGACUGGGAAAUGGCAGGCUUUUUUGGCUGGAAGACAGCUGGAGGAGUCCACCAUCGGAUCAGAACACCACAACGAGAACAUUUCGUGAAUGCCAAUUUGAGUAAGGAACAGCUCCAGGAUAUGAUGUUCUGGAAUGACCUCUAUGAGGAGGGUAUGCCGGAGAAUUGA